AUGCCCGACAUCAACCUGAACAUCAUCUGCCGCUGUCUCCAUCUCAACCCAGCCAAUAAGCUUGUGGUGCAGAAGAGACGCAACUUCGUUCUCAAGCGGGUAGCCAUUAUUGAGGCCGAGAUCGACAAGCUCCUAGCGGCAGGCUUCAUCAAAGAGGUCUCCUACUCGAAGUGGCUAGCCAACGUUGUUCUGGUGGUAGAACGAGAAAAUGGCAACUGGCCAUUCUUGGAAGCCUUGAAGAAAGGACACAAAGACAAGUGGGAUGACAAGUGUGAAGUAGCUUUUCAAAACUUGAAAACCUACCUGACUUUACCUCCCAUACUCUCAAAACUGAUACCAUGCAAAGACUUGUACAUCUACCUGGCGGCGUCCGACUUAACUGUCAACUCAGCUCUCAUCCGAGAAGAGCUGGGGGCACAACAUCCGUUGCAUGUAGACGGAGCAUCAAAUCAAAAGGGAGCAGGGGCAGAUGUCGUCAUAAUUAUCCAAGACGGAACUUUGUUGGAACAAGUCAUCACACUAGGCUUUCUAGCUUCAAACAACGAGGCAGAAUAUGAGGCAUUGCUCGCUGGACUAUGCGUAGCAAAGGAGCUAACAAUCAAGAAGCUAGCCAUCUACUCAGAUUCCCAGUUGAUCAUGAAUCAAGCCUCAGGUGAAUACAUGGCGAAGCACCUAAGGAUGAUCUUGUACCUUGACAAAGUCCAAGAGCUAUUGAAUGCGUUUCCUACCUUUACCAUCCAACGAGUACCCUGGGCAGAAAACGCGCAUGCAGACGCAUUGCCAAGCCUAGGAUCAGCACUGGAUAUCCAGUUCAGACGCUUCAUUCUUGUCGAACACCUUGACCUACCAAGCAAUGAAGAAAUAGAGCUGAUAGACACAAUGCAAAUUGACGAGGACCCUAACUGGCAAGAUCCUGUCUCAACUUCUUGA